AACAAAACUUGAAUUUUAUUUUUGCUUAAUAUUUUAAAAAACAAUUUUGUCAUUAUAUAGUGUGAAAAGUUAUAGUAUAAAUAAAUUUUAAUUUUGUUAUAUAUUUUAUUGAGUUUUUAAAAUAAUUAUUGAUAAUGACGGAAUCUGAAGCAACCGACGCAUGCAUACCGGAGCCCACGACAGAAGUUUCCGGUAAAAUCAAAGCCAUUGGAAAGGAUUCAGUGCAUAAAAUAUGUUCUGGUCAAGUUGUUUUGAGUUUAGCAGUUGCUGUUAAGGAAUUGGUAGAAAAUGGUAUUGACGCAGGGGCUACUAUUGUUGAAAUCAAAUUACGAGAUCAAGGACUGGAAUCCAUUGAAGUCAGUGACAAUGGCAGUGGUGUUGAGGAGCACAAUUUAGAAGGAAUGACUGCUAAAUAUCAUACAUCGAAAAUCAGGGAAUUCGUGGACUUGCAAGGCGUGGAGACUUUUGGUUUUCGUGGAGAAGCUUUGAGUUCUUUGUGUGCUUUAUCUGAUAUGACUAUUGUAACGCGACAUAAAAACACAGAUGUAGGUAUUAAACUUGAGUUGGACCAUGAAGGGAAAAUAAAGAAACGUUCAGCGUGUGCACGUCCAGUUGGUACCACAGUAACGUUGACAAAUCUAUUCUCCACAUUACCAGUGCGUAAAAGAGAUUUUACAAAGAAUAUAAAAAAGGAGUUCUCCAAAAUGUGUCAAAUGUUGCAAGCUUAUUGUUUAGUGUCCAAAGGUGUACGCAUCAUUUGCACCAAUCAAACAGCAAAAGGCAAUAGAUCGACCAUUAUGCAAACUCAUGGUUCACAGAGUGUGCUAGCAAACAUAAAUGCCAUAUUUGGCAGCAAGCAAGUAGCAGAUGUCAUAGCAUUGAAAUCAGCAUUUAAUGAAAAUGAAACCACAACGGAGCAGAGCAUUAUUGCUGACCUAACUAGUGACACUGGCGAUAGCAUGCAAAUCUCCAAUGAAGAUGUGGAACUCUUAAAAGCAGCAAAUUUUCAACUUGACGGUAUUGUUUCCAGCUGUAGUCAUGGUUCAGGCCGUGCAGCAAAAGAUCGACAAUACUACUAUAUAAAUAAUCGUCCUUGUGAUCCAAGAAAUAUUGCAAAGACAGUCAAUGAUGUGUAUCAUCGUUAUAAUGUACAACAAUAUCCUUUUGUCUAUUUAAACGUAUUGUUGGCACAUUCAGAUGUUGACGUUAAUUUAACACCUGAUAAACGUCAGCUAUUGGUUAAUAAUGAGAAAAUUCUACUAAUUAUGAUUAAAAAGGCUUUACUUAAUACUUACGGAAAUAUACCGUCGACAUAUAAAGUACAAAACUCGUCAAUAAUGAGCAUGAUUAAGGUGGAACCAAAAAUUAAAGUUGAAGUCGAUGAAAGUAUUGUACCUAUAAGUACAGCGCAAAAUUUUUUAUCGGCUUUAUCGCAAUGGAAACGUACUGGAAAUACUGAAAGCAAACCUCCACCCACAUUGGCGGCGGCCAAGAGAAAGUCUGAAGAAGAAUUAAAUGCACAAUCACAAAAAUUACAGAAAAUACAAAGCUUUCUAACGCAAUCUAGAGAGGAAGCUAAUAAACUGUACGCUUUUAAAUCCGAUAGUGAUACUGAUGAUGACGAAGCUGGAAAUCAAUCAAAGAAUGACAGUUCUUUUAAUAUUGAAAAAAUUAAUAAAUGCUCUGCAGAAUAUGAUGCACUGACAAAAAAAUCUUUACUCAACUCAUCCACUAUUGUUGAACGCAUAGAUUGCAAGGUAUUAACACCAGCGAAACCACAAAUAAAAAUUAUAGCACCUAAACCAGUUGAUUAUGCAGAAGACAACGUAUUGAACUCAGAGAAAUCCACAGAUAGUGUUAGUGAAGAAAUCGUACCAUUAUCAGAAACAAAAAUAAUAAAAUUAGAUAGCGAUUCUGAUAAUGCUCAGAGAAAUAUAUUUUCUAACACACAGAUGCGUACAACAAUAGCUGAAAUAGAAUUUGGUUUGAAUGCUGAAGCGACAUUGAAAAAAUCGAUGAAAAACAAAGCUAAACUGGAUAAAUUACGUUUUAAAACUGAUAUCAGUCCAAGUCAAAAUGAAAAUGCUGAAGCAGAACUACAGAAGGAAAUAUCAAAAGACUCAUUUGCUACAAUGGAAAUAAUUGGUCAAUUCAAUUUGGGUUUCAUUAUAGUUAAAUUAGAUGCAGAUCUCUUUAUUGUCGAUCAGCAUGCCACCGAUGAAAAGUAUAAUUUUGAGACUUUGCAGUCCACGACUGUAUUGCAAAAUCAGCCACUUGCUGUACCACAACAACUGGAACUGACAGCUGUGAAUGAAAUGAUCCUACUUGAUAAUUUGGAGGUUUUCGAAAAGAAUGGUUUUAAAUUUCAAAUCGAUCAAGACGCACCACCUACUAAAAAAGUACGAUUGCUUGGAAAGCCUGUUAGUAAAAAUUGGGAAUUUGGCAAGGAAGAUAUUGACGAACUUAUAUUUAUGUUACAUGAUGCUCCUGAAGGUACAGUGUGCCGACCUUCCCGUGUACGAGCUAUGUUUGCAUCAAGGGCAUGUCGCAAGUCUGUUAUGAUUGGAAAGGCAUUGAAUAAGUCAACUAUGAAAACACUUAUAAGACACAUGGGAGAAAUAGAACAACCAUGGAAUUGUCCUCAUGGUCGACCUACUAUGCGCCAUCUGGUUAAUAUUGCUAUGUUACAUGAUGAAAACGAUCCCGAAGAGCAGGAUGAAUGAUUUAUAUUUAUAAACUAAAAUGUUAUUUUUAUGAUUUUUAUUUGUAAUUUUACAAAAUUACUUGCU